GUUUACAUUGGUGUAUAGUCAUCAUUAAACACUAGCAGAAGAAGAAAACAUCCUGCAGACUGGUGUUCAGAUGAAAAAAGCUGAAUGUUUGUCCAUUUAUCUUAAUAAAAUAACACUGAAACAUCGUUUCAAUAUUUUCAGUUGCUAAAAACAUCUUUGUGCUUCAACUAUUCAUCGACGGAGCGUUGGAGAGUUCAGCUUCUGAAUGAAUGAAGAGAGUUUGAUCAUCAGAUCCACAUUGAUCAGAGCUGAUAAUGUUCACAGACAUGGACUAUGAGCUGGAGGAGGACAAACUAGGGAUUCCCACAGUUCCUGGAACAGUGACUCUGAAGAAAGACUCACAGAACCUGAUUGGGAUCAGUAUUGGGGGCGGAGCUCAGUUCUGCCCAUGUCUCUACAUCGUACAGGUGUUUGAUAACACUCCGGCGGCUCUGGAUGGGACUCUGGCCGCGGGAGACGAGAUCACAGGAGUGAACGGCAAACCGGUGAAAGGAAAGACUAAAGUGGAGGUGGCCAAGAUGAUCCAGACAGUGCAGGGUGAAGUCGUGAUCCAGUACAAUAAACUGCAGGCCGACCCGAAGCAGGGCAAAUCUCUGGAUAUCGUGCUGAAGAAGGUGAAGCAUCGUCUGGUGGAGAACAUGAGUUCAGGAACAGCAGACGCUCUGGGUCUCAGCAGAGCCAUUCUGUGCAACGAUGGUCUGGUGAAGAGGCUGGAGGAGCUGGAGAAAACCGCUGAACUUUAUAAAGGACUGAUGGAGCACACGAAGAGACUCCUGAGGGCUUUCUAUGAGCUCUCUCAGACUCACAGAGCGUUUGGCGACGUGUUUUCUGUCAUCGGCGUCCGUGAGCCGCAGGCCGCCGCCAGCGAAGCCUUCGUCAAGUUUGCUGAAGCUCAUCGAAACAUGGAGAAGUUCGGCAUUCAGCUGCUGAAGACCAUCAAACCCAUGCUGCAUGAUCUGAACACGUAUCUCCACAAAGCGAUUCCAGACACCAAACUCACCAUCCGCAAGUACCUGGACGUCAAGUUUGAGUAUUUGUCGUACUGUCUGAAGGUGAAGGAGAUGGAUGAUGAAGAGUACAGCUGUAUCGCGUUGGGUGACCCGUUGUACCGUGUCAGCACCGGUAACUAUGAGUACCGUUUGAUCCUGCGCUGUCGUCAGGAAGCUCGCACUCGAUUCGCUAAGAUGCGCAAGGAUGUUUUGGAGAAAAUCGAACUCCUGGACCAGAAACAUGUUCAGGACAUCGUGUUCCAGCUGCAGCGCUUCGUCUCGGGCAUGUCGCACUAUUACGACGACUGCUACGCCGUCCUGAAAGACGCCGACGUGUUCCCCAUCGAGGUGGAUCUGUCCCGAACCACCAUCAACUACGGUGGACAGAGCCUCUCCUACGAGGACGAGGAGGAGGAGGAGACGAGCAGAGCAGGAGACGAAGACGCUCCGCAGACUGAGAACGGAGCCGAGAAACUCAUUGAUGACGAGUGAGUGAGUGAGUGAAUUAAUAAAGGAAUCAAUGAAGGGAAAGUGAAUGUGGCAGAAAGAAACUACAGAUGAGAUAUUGUGUGUUCAAUGAAAGAUGUUUUAUAAAUAUUAUGAAUUAAAACAUUAGAUUAUAUAUCACAUAUUUAUAUAUGAUACAUUUCUAUAAUGAUGAAACUACUGAUCGGACAGAAACGGAAUCACUGAAGCGCCUGGUUGCCAUGUUACAUUAGAAUAGAAUGUUAUCUUUAGUUACUAUGGUGAUGGAAUUUAAACUUUUAAACAUUCUUUUUCUUUGCACUCUUGUUUCAAAACAUUUCAAAUGAGCGGGACCUGAAGUUAAAUAUUCAAAUGAGUUUUUGCACAACUUGUGUGAGUUUCUUGUUAUUUUCGUUGCCUCUGAAACACUGGAUGAAUGUCUUAUAGCAUUAAAAAAAAACACUGUUUUGUUGGUCUUUGUUUGGGGUUAUUUAAUUUUAAUUUAAUUGUGUAACUGUGGUUUAUGUACAUCCUAGAAAUGUCUUGUAAGGUAAGAAAUUAUUUAAACGAGUUUGAUGAAGAAAGAUGCUUGUGAAACCUGUUGUGUGUGAGUAAAAAUAUAAAUCAGACUUGUUUUAUGGGCUUUUUCUUAUUAAACAUCUCAGUUUCAGGAA